AAUCGUCCACUUAGUUUCCGAAAAAAAAUUCGUGAAAGUAGCUUAUUUUUUUGGCCUACAGACAGGAUUCCCCCCUUAAAAUGCGCUGAGAAUCAAUGUAAACUGCCGCCUUCCGAUCGUUCCAGUGUUCGUUUAUCCGGGUACGGUGGCUUUCAUUCUAUCCUUAUGCGUGCCCGACAUUCUCAACUUCAUAGCGCCACUGGACGAGCCUCGUCAACGACAACUGCCCACUCCAAUAGAAUGCUUUGUCGAUCAGCAGAAAUACUUCUAUAUGAUAGUGUUAUUUAUGGUAGCGAUUGCGUUGUUAGGCAUGACCACGUUUAUGGCCACCGAAACGCUGUUCAUGGUAUUAAUACAGCACGCCUGCGGAUUGUUUACGAUCUCGAGCUAUCGCUUGGCUCACGCAUUUGACGAUUGCAAAAACGUAUCUGUCAUCACCGCGAAGCUGAUACGUGCCAUAAGGAUUCAUGAGCGGUCUUUACAAUUCGUCAAAUUUAUAAAUUCCUGUUUCGCUGUAUCCUACGCGUGUCUUACAGCACUCGGCAUGAUUUCUCUAGUUGCCAAUAUGUUACGAUUGCUCCAAGCGAUCGAGAGCAACAUCGUCAACGAGAUAUUCGCUUCCGCUUUAUAUGUCAUAGCUCAUUUCUGUUAUGUGUUCUGGGUGAAUUAUUUCGGACAGUAUCUAUCCGACCACAGCGACAGCAUCUUCGACAAUACAUACAACACACGAUGGUACAUGGCACCUCAGCAUGCUCAGACAUUACUAUUCGUCGUACUGCAACGCUCGUUAAGGACGUGUAUUUUCAACACUUUCGGCGGUUUGCUAGCCGCAUCGAUGGAAGGUUUCGCCUCGCUCAUUAGUCUCUCGGUGUCCUACUUCACGAUGUUGUACUCGUUCCGAACGUGAUGCAACUCACGCGAUCGCAGAGCAAUACGCGGUAGCGAUGAUAUCGGAGACUCAUGUUGCUUAUUGAUUUCAUCAUCGAGCUCUUUGCAAGCUGCAACGAGGAAUGCAACUCUUCAAACUCGCAUUCGACGUACCACGUGUCGAGAUAGCUCGACCGGCUUAGAAGAAAAAUAAAUUAACCUUUAAUAACGAAUGUUGCGAGAUCACUGUGAUAUAUAUGAACCAUCUACCCCUUUUUUCUAAUUUAUAUCGGUUUACAAAUCGCAACGUGAAUGAAUUAUUAGGAGGUUGAAUUAAUUCUGGUGCCUAGCAAUAGAUGGCUUUAGUAACAAUUAAUAGUUAAUACGAAUGUUAAAAUCUGACAACAUUGAGAGAUUUGACAUUUCUCUAUGACAUAUGGCAAUUUGUGCGCUAUUGUUACUGAUAGUUUCAUCGCGUCUAAAAUGGAUCAUACAAAAUUGCAUCUUCGACAUUUAUUCCUUUUUUUGUUUGAUUCGAAAAAAUCGGCAACUGAAGCUCAUGAAAUGCUUGUUACAACUUAUGGUCAAGUUUCAUCGUAUUCCAACUGUAAAUUUUAGUUUCAACGAUUCAAAAGUACUAGUCAACCAAAAAAAAAUUCGGAGAUUCUGAACUGCAAGCAUUAUUGAAUGAAAACACCGCUCAAACAGAAAAACAAUUGACUGCAUAACCCAACGUCGAUAAAUCAACAGUUUCUAAACGCCUACACGCCAUGGGAAAAAUUCAAAAG